AUGUCAACUAGUCAUUGCAGAUUCUAUGAAAACAAGUUCCCAGAAGUUGACGAUGUAGUCAUGGUCAACGUCCAACAAAUUGCGGAAAUGGGUGCAUACGUUAAGUUAUUAGAAUAUGAUAACAUUGAAGGUAUGAUUCUUCUGAGUGAAUUGUCUCGUAGACGUAUUCGUUCUAUUCAAAAGUUGAUCCGUGUUGGUAAGAAUGAUGUUGUUGUUGUUUUAAGAGUUGAUAAGGAAAAGGGGUACAUUGAUCUAUCUAAGCGUCGUGUAUCUUCUGAAGAUAUUAUUAAAUGUGAAGAAAAAUAUCAAAAAUCAAAAACAGUUCAUUCUAUUUUAAGAUUCUGUGCUGAAAAAUUCCAAAUCCCAUUAGAGGACUUGUACAAGAGUAUUGCAUGGCCUUUGAGUCGAAAGUUUGGCCAUGCUUAUGAAGCAUUUAAGUUGUCUAUUAUUGACGAUUCCGUGUGGGAAGGUAUUGAACCACCAUCAAAGGAAAUUUUAGAAGAAUUAAAGACUUACAUUUCUAAAAGAUUGACUCCACAAGCUGUUAAGAUUAGAGCUGAUGUUGAAGUCUCCUGUUUCAGUUAUGAAGGUAUUGAUGCUAUUAAGGAAGCUUUAAAAGCAGCAGAAGAUUUAUCUACUGAACAAAUGCAAAUUAAGGUUAAACUGGUUGCAGCACCAUUAUAUGUUAUUACAACUCAAGCAUUAGAUAAAAAUAUUGGUGUUGAAUUAUUAGAAAAAGCUAUUGAAAAGAUUAGUGAAGUUAUCGGUAAGUAUGGUGGUGUUUGUAAUAUUACUAUGGCACCAAAGGCUGUCACUGCUACUGAAGAUGCUGAAUUACAAGCUUUGUUAGAAUCUAAAGAAUUAGAUAAUAGAUCUGACUCUGAUGAAGAGGAUUAUUACAAUGAAGAGUAA